GCCCACUCAAAUUUUUCAUCGUCUUCUUCGCGAGAACCUUUUGAUAAAAUUCUCAAGAACCCUAAUUUCUUCAGAUCUUCUCACUCAAAUUUCUGAGAAAAUGAAGAUUGUUGGCACUAAUAUCCAUUUCCAGAAGUUGGAAGCCAAGUGCUCCUCACCAACGUUCUAUCAAUCCUAUCUGGAGAUGAUUGCUGCUCAAGAGCUCUCCGAAUUCCUUCAUAUGGAGAUUCGAUUCAAGUAUGAGAACGAAGUUCUUGAAUUCUACAAGAAUGGAAAGGUCAAGACUAUCAAAUCGAAGAAGGACCCACAGAAGACGAUUCAAGUCAUCAAUUCCACUGUUGGAGGGACCAAAGUGAAGCUUUCGCAGAAGAAAUUGGGAGAAAAGCUUCACCUUCCCAAUUCUGGAGUUGAAAUUGGGAGACUUCCAGCCAAAAAUCUGGAUUGGAAUAUUAUUGGAAUUUCUGGGCAAGCUCCCUCUGGCCCAGCGAAGAAAGCUGAUCUGAACAACGACUACAAGCUAGUCCUUGAACUGGUCAUCGCAUGCCUCGAGUGUGGUAGUGGAGGACAUGCUGAUGACAUCACCCAAGAGAGGGCCUUCAUCAUCAAUGCCCUCAUUACCAAGUCUAAGGUAAAUUGGGCUGCACAUUUCUUCAAUUCCAUCUCAAAGCAUCUGGGAAAACCCAACCAGAAAUACCUUUGUCAAGCAGAUCAGUUGUUGAGUUGGGACCAGCAACUGAAGAAUGAGAAGAUCAUCAAGGAAUGCUUAGGUCUGCCAGUCAACUAUUGCUGUGAGCAAAUCCUGGAUGUUGACUGGGUAUGGCAAAGGAACUAUGAAGAUUUGCAUCUGGAACACUUGGUCACCUCACCAGUUUCAGAAUUUGAGGCUGACGAUGAGGAUCCUGCAGUCUACAGGCCAAUCUUCUCAAAGGCUACAAAAGAUCAGGAGAAUGCAGCCUCUACUCCACAAGCACAGAACCAAGAAGCAUCAGAAGAAGAACUCCAGCAACUUCUCCAUUCUCAAGCUUCAGAGAUUCUCACAACUCCUUGUGAGAUCACCAAUCCCACUGAAACUGAGAUUCCGGAGAAGUCAGCAGAAAAUCUGGAGAUGUCCAAACCUCUAGAAGCAAAUGAAGUUCAAGAAGAGCAAGCUGUAGAAGCCGAGAGGAGUUCUGCAGAAGCUGAGAAGGAAACUCAAAUGGCAGAACUGGAGGCCUCCAAAUCUCCAGUAGCCAUUUUUCAAGAACAGAAUGAAGCUGAAGAAAGAGACUCCCUCUCUAGGGAUAUAUCAAAUUUUAUACUUGGGGAAGCAGAAGAAGAAUUUGAAAGAACUCUGAGGAUCAAUGAUGAAGAAGAUAUGCAAGAAGAUGCUGAAUCUCUUCCUAUGCAACUUUUCCAAAGAACACCCUCUUCUCAUCAGAAGGUCCAAGGGUUGAUUGAAUCAGCCCUAGCAUCUCAACAUGCCUCCUUUAGGCAAGAGAUAGAGCAGAUGGAAGCCAGGUACAACAAACUGAUUGAGAAAUCCGAAGAGACACACUGCUCCAAUCUCAAGGAGGUAAGCAAAUCAGUGGAUAAGACUCUAGAGAUCAUUUCUCUAUUGAGUAACACUGUGAGCAACACGAUGGAGACAUAUGCAUCUGACAGUUAUCUUCAACUCAAGGAGGUUAACAAAAUCAGAGAGCAAAUAGCAAAUGUCACAGUUAGUCUACAAAAACAAAUGUCCCUUCUCCAAAUGGACAUCAGAGCAGCUCUGGCAGUGUCUUCAGCAAAUCAAGUAGUAACCAAAGACUACUUGAAGGUAAUCAUUGACAAUCAGAAGGAAGCACACAAACUAUUCAGACUUCUUACCACAAAUUCUGGAAAUCGCAAGAUGGAAGUGGUUCUUCAACAACACAGUCCAUCUUUGAUUCAAGAGCUCCCUAUUGCAGUCAAAGAAGGAGAAGUCUCUUACAUUCCUACGCAUCUGAACUUGACUGAUCUAAUCCUUGACACUCAAAGAAGUAAUCCGGAAAACUCAACACAGCACCUAUCCAGCUCAGGAUUGGAUGGAACAGAGGCUGUAGGAACAAUUGCUGCUCACUUCUCAAAUGAUAACCAAACAGAGGAGAGACACAACAACAUAAGGCGCAUCAAAGAACUAUGUGGAAACAUGCAAGGCAUCAGGGAGAUUGCCGGAUCUUCAAAGCGCAAGAAGCACUGAAGGUUUUCUUCAUCAAACCAGGGGGAAAUUGGUUGGUAAACAUGGGAAAAAGCAAGAGUUGCGUUAUUAAAAACUUCUAAUACGGCAUUCAAUUUUUCAAAAAUAACAAAUUCAAAAGGAUUAAUGAUUAUACGAAGUUCAUCCCUAAAAAAUUCAGCAAGUUCCUCUUUAUAUCUUAGGAUCUGUGCAAUCAAUUUGUAAGUACUAUUCCAUCUAAUGUUGAUAUCUCUGGCAAAACUUAUUUCUUUUUUACCCUUAGACUUACAGAACAUCUUCCAGG